AACUUUAACUAGCAAUAUUCUCUGUUUAUCUUGCUUCUUCUUCUUCAGUUAUCCUUUUCUUGCUUUAUCUUCUCUUCAGUUUCUUUCCAUCCCUGACCUGACCCAGCUCUUCUCUGUACUUCUUCUGCUACUGCUGCUGUCUAAUUCUGAGGUUUAAUGGCGUCUCUUCAGGAUAUUGGAGUUUCUGCUUUCAUUAACAUACUCGGUGCCUUUGCUUUCUUGCUUGCUUUUGCUCUUCUGAGGAUUCAACCUAUCAAUGAUAGAGUUUAUUUCCCAAAAUGGUACAUCAAAGGUGCCAGGAGUAGUCCAAGACAUGGAAGAGGUCUGGUUGCCAAGUUUGUGAACCUCAAUUUCAAAACUUACCUUACUUUCCUGAAUUGGAUGCCGGAUGCUCUGAGGAUGAGUGAGACAGAGCUUAUCGAUCACGCUGGCCUUGACUCUGCUGUUUUUCUUCGAAUUUAUCUGCUCGGCUUGAAAAUUUUCAUACCAAUGGCAAUCCUGGCAAUCUUAGUUCUUAUUCCAAUCAAUGUAUCGGGUGGAACGCUAUUUUUCCUAAGAAAAGAAUUGGUAGUCAGUGAUAUUGAUAAGCUUUCAAUAUCAAAUGUUCGUCCUAAAUCAGAAAAGUUUUUUGCACACAUCUCAAUGGCGUACUUGUUUACACUAUGGACUUGCUACAUGCUCUAUAAGGAGUAUGAUAGAGUAGCAUUCAUGCGGUUACAUUUUUUAUCAUCGCAACGUCGACGCGUAGAUCAAUUCACUGUAGCAGUCAGAAACGUGCCAUGUAUUUCUGGUCACUCGAUAUCAGAAAGCGUGGACCAGUUCUUCCAGACUAACCAUCCCGAUCACUAUCUCAGUCACCAGGCUGUCUACAAUGCAAACAAAUUUGCCAGAUUUGUGAGGCAAAGGGAAAGGCUUCAAAAUUGGUUGGAUUACAACCAACUUAAGUUUGAAAGACAUCCAGACAAAAGACCGACUAGAAAGAAAGGAUUUCUAGGUCUUUGUGGAGGAAGAGUGGAUGCUAUUGAAUACUAUAAACAGACAAUAAAGGAGCACGACAAAAGGAUGGCAUUGGAGCGUGAGAGGAUUCUUAAGGAUCCAAAGUUAAUCAUGCCGGUUGCUUUUGUUUCAUUUAAUUCGCGAUGGGCAGCUGCUGUAUGUGCGCAGACGCAACAGAGCAAGAAUCCCACACUGUGGUUGACUAAUUGGGCCCCAGAGCCCCGUGAUGUGUACUGGCAGAAUCUGGCUAUACCAUUUGUUUCACUUAGUAUCCGCAAGCUUAUAAUGUCAAUAACACUUUUUGCUCUGGUAUUCUUUUACAUGAUACCGAUUGCUUUUGUGCAAUCACUUGCAAAUCUUGAGGGCCUAGAGAGGGUUGCUCCUUGGCUCAGGCCAGUGAUAGAAGUGAAUAUUAUCAAAUCAUUCCUCCAAGGUUUCCUUCCUGGUCUAGCUCUUAAAAUAUUCAUGUACAUUCUUCCUUCAGUUUUAAUGCUUAUGUCAAAAAUUGAGGGUCAUAUAUGCGUAUCAUCCCUUGAAAGAAAGGCAGCAGCUAAAUAUUACUACUUUAUGUUGGUGAAUGUGUUCUUGGGGAGUAUAGUGGCUGGAACAGCUUUUGAACAACUUCAUUCUUUCCUUCAUCAAUCGCCUACCCAGAUCCCUAGGACAAUUGGUGUGUCAAUACCGAUGAAGGCCACUUUCUUUAUUACUUACAUAAUGGUUGAUGGAUGGGCUGGAAUUGCGGUUGAGAUUCUCCGACUGAAACCAUUGGUGAUAUAUCACCUGAAGAACAUGUUCCUGGUGAAAACAGAAAGAGACAGAGAGAGAGCAAUGAACCCUGGAACUGUGGGGCUUCCAGAGACUAUCCCAACACUCCAACUAUAUUUUCUUCUUGGCAUUGUGUAUGCUGUGAUCACUCCGAUCCUUCUUCCUUUUAUACUUGUCUUUUUUGCCUUCGCAUAUCUUGUUUAUCGCCAUCAGAUUAUUAAUGUGUACAACCAAGGAUAUGAGAGCGCUGCUGCAUUUUGGCCACAUGUUCACAGCCGUAUUAUUGGAAGCUUGUUCAUAUCUCACCUUCUUCUGCUGGGUCUCCUCAGCACAAAAAAAGCUGCUAAUUCCACUCCGCUACUGGUUGUAUUACCCAUAUUAACAUUUUGGUUCCACAAGUACUGCAAAAGUCGUUUUGAGCCUGCAUUCAGGAAAUACCCGCUAGAGGAAGCUAUGGCAAAGGACAUGUUGGAACGAUCUUCAGAACCUAACCUCAAUAUUAAAGCUUACUUGGCUGAUGCAUACUUGCACCCGAUUUUCCGGUCAUUCGAGGAAGUUGAGCUGGUUGAAGUUAGAGUUGACAAGAACCAAUCUCACAUGUCAACACCCUCGAUGAGUGAAAUCAGUUCCCCUUCACCACCCCAUUAUGUGUACAAUUAUGAUUUCGAGCCAUGAAUUAUUGCUGUGCAUGCUUUACGAAAGUCUUGAGCUAUAUUGUUAGCCACUCAAUCCCUUUUCCUCAGGGUAUAUUCAUUCUAAUUGUAAAUUUUUAUUCUAGUGUAAAUGAUUGAUGGACCUUUACAUUAACUAAAAA